CUGAACCCCAGCAGCGUUAACCCUGCCUUGGGACACGUUCGAGCCUUCAGUUGGGAAUUGCGCAUCAGGACACAGACUCACUGAUCCCAGGAUCCAGGAGAUCCAGUCUAGACAAGUAAGGAACAUCCACGGGGCCAGCCCCCAGCAUCACCCGCUGUCCCCAUAAACCUUCCUGGACUUGUGACAUGGAAACGGAAGUGUUGGGGGAUACUGGGACUGGGACAGCCCCUGGCAGGGGAGGAGUUUGGGAUCUGGGGAGCGCUUCACGCGUCCUGCCCCUCAGUGACCACCCAGGUGCCUCGGCCAUGGGAUAAACCGGGUCCCGGAGGGUCCCUGCGGAGCUCUACAAACGGGAACCGAGGGCGGGACACCGACAUCCCCCAUCCCCCGCAGCAUUUUUCCGCGGGAAGCUCCAAUUCUAAAGCACCGGGAGAGGCGGGCGGGACCCCUCGCAAGCCCCCCCCGCACCGUGGCCACAAGCGCAGCGAGUUUCCCAGUCCUCAUCCUCCUCCCGAAGCUGGCUGGGCCAGGGGUUGAGUGCGUGUGCUCCCCCAAAAUCCUUCUCCCUCCUUUCAGUUUCGAUUUUAUCCCGCCUUUUUUUUUUUCCCUGGUUUUCCCUAUUUGCGCCGGGGCAGCCCCAUCACGUGAGGCCGGGCCCGGCUGGACGCGGCUGCCGGGGCCGCGCCGGUGGCGGCGGGGCCGGACCUUUGCCCCACAUCCCUUCCCCAAACUGGGGGCUGGAUUGGGGACGGGGGGGUCGGUUUGCAGGAGGUGGCGCUCGCUCGCUCGCUCUCGCUGCCCCCGGAUUUUUUUUCCCUGCGGUUGCUCGGGAAGGUGGAGCCUGGGACCACCCCCGCGGGCAGGUGCCGGAUGGCGGCGGGGACCCUCUGCCCUUCCGACUCCUUGCAGGAAUUCCCGUACGCCCCCCAGAACAGCCCCCCGGCCGGGGGGGUGCCCCCGGCCACCGACCUGGUGCUGGGGGCCACGGCCGGCUGCUUGGCCUGCUUCCUCACCAACCCGCUGGAGGUGGUGAAGACGCGGCUGCAGCUGCAGGGCGAGCUGCAGCCCCCGGGCUCGUACCCCCGGCCGUACCGCGGGGUGCUGCGGGCGGCCGUGGCCGUGUGCCGGGCGGACGGGCUGCGGGGGCUGCAGAAGGGGCUGGCGGCCGGGCUGCUCUACCAGGGGCUCAUGAACGGCGUCCGCUUCUACUGCUAUUCGCACGCCGAGGACGCCGGCUGGACCGGGUAUCCCGGCGGGACCGUGGCCGCCGGGGCCGUGGCCGGGGCGGUGGGAGCCAUCGUGGGCAGCCCCGCGUACCUGGUCAAGACCCACCUCCAAGCCCAGACCGUGUCGGCCAUGGCCGUGGGCCACCAGCACAACCAUGAGAGCAUCUCCGGCGCUUUCAAGAGCAUCUACCAGCAGCACGGGGUGGUGGGGCUGUGGCGGGGGGUGACGGGGGCCGUGCCCCGCGUGGCCGUGGGCUCGGCUGUGCAGCUCGCCACCUUCGCCUCCGCCAAGGACUGGGUUUGUGAGCGCCAGUGGUUCAGGAAGGGCAGCUGGGCGGCCGUGCUGGCGGGGGGCAUGGUGAGCGGUGUGGCUGUGGCGGUGACAAUGACACCUUUUGACGUGAUCAGCACCCGUCUCUACAACCAGCCUGUGGACGCCGAUGGCACGGGCAAGCUCUACCGAGGUUUUUUGGAUUGUAUUCUGCAAAUCUCCAGCAAAGAGGGGCUGCUGGGCUUGUACAAGGGCAUCGGCGCCGUCUACCUCCGCCUCGGCCCCCACACCGUCCUCAGCCUCUUCUUCUGGGACAAGCUCAGGAACAUGGUUCAGCACUAGCAGCCCCCAGGGCUGCAGGACAGACUCCUGCCACCACCAACACAGAUGUUAAUAAAGAGCUGAAGCUCAUCUCUGGCCGGGC